CAUCCCCGCGCCCCCCGCGCCCCCCGCGCCCUCCGGAGAGAACAGGACUAUGCCCGGGGCUGGGGACCGAGGCAAAGCCCCGGCGAGAUGGCUGGGCACUGGGCUUUUGGGCCUCUUCCUGCUCCCCGUAACCCUGUCGCUGGAGGUGUCUGUGGGAAAGGCCACCAACAUCUACGCUGUCAACGGCACGGAGAUCCUGCUGCCCUGCACCUUCUCCAGCUGCUUUGGCUUCGAGGACCUCCACUUCCGGUGGACCUACAACAGCAGUGACGCAUUCAAGAUUCUCAUAGAGGGGACUGUGAAGAAUGAGAAGUCUGACCCCAAGGUGACAUUGAAAGAUGAUGACCGCAUCACUCUGGUAGGCUCUACUAAGGAGAAGAUGAACAACAUUUCCAUUGUGCUGAGGGACCUGGAGUUCAGCGACACGGGCAAAUACACCUGCCAUGUGAAGAACCCCAAGGAGAAUAAUCUCCAGCACCACGCCACCAUCUUCCUCCAAGUCGUUGAUAGACUGGAGGAAGUGGACAACACAGUGACACUCAUAAUUCUGGCUGUCGUGGGCGGGGUCAUCGGGCUCCUCAUUCUCAUCCUGCUGAUCAAGAAAUUCAUCAUAUUCAUCCUGAAGAAGACUCGGGAGAAGAAGAAGGAGUGUCUCGUGAGCUCCUCAGGGAACGACAACACGGAGAAUGGCUUGCCUGGCUCCAAGGCGGAGGAGAAACCACCUUCGAAAGUGUGAGCCCUGCUUCGGGCUAAGCAGCUACAGGGAGCCCCCUUUCUGAUGACGAAACUAAUGCUUGAGCCCCGUCCGUAGAACCCAUGUGCCUGAGACAUCUGCUGCUUGGCUCAAACUGUAGUCUUUCCGGGCACAAGAAACCGGAGUCCUGCCCAGCCUGCCCAUCCCCUUCCCAGUCAGGGCUCCCCAGGGACAAGGGAUGGCCAGGGGAGGGGGUCUGCGGAAGAUUCAGGAGAAAGAAACGAGAGGCUAGGGUGGUGUUGAGGGGCUGGUCCCCUGACACCUGGGCAGAUGGGGUCUCCUUCGGUCUCCCCACCCUGCACAAACAGGGCGUUGGUUUUCCUCCAGGCUUCUCUUCACAGGGGACUGGGAGGAUCCGUGAGGGCUGUCCUAAGAGCUGGGCCCUGGAGAUGGGGUGUAGGAAGAGGUGGCUUCCUUUGGAGGUGGGAGUGAGCUGGAGGACUCUGGAAAAGACCUGGGGUAGGAGUUGAUGGGGGCAGGCCCACAGUGAGAAGCUGCCUCGGCUUCAUAGGAUGCCAGAUCCCCUACAGUCCCCCAAGUAGGGAACUUCCUUUCCCCUGCCUCGGGACCCUGUCUGCCUAUUCCCUCCCCUGCUCAGAGUUUUUAAGCCCUCCCAAUCAGGGCUGGCCGCCUUAUCUUGAGAGGUUCUGGCCACCUAGCCUGCUCCUCUGCUCUCUGGGCUACUGAGGGGCUCAGGAAGGGGCCCCUCGAGCCUUCCUGGAGCACCAGAGUGCUCCCUAUGCCUUUCCUAGCAUUUUUACUUGGGGAAUUGGGCCGCAGAGGUAGCGAACCAGUGUCCUGGGCUUCUGGGAUGCCCGCCCCAUCCCUGCCAAUGCUGGCAAUCCCUCCCCUGGCAUGGCAGGACCAUCACCACUCUGGGCACUCCCGAGUUCAGCUCUCCCCUGUUGUUCCUCCUCCUACUUGAGAGGCUGCACCCUCCAACCUCCCACUGGCUCGCUCCUCCCUUGCCAUCCAUCACGCCCUGCCCCCAGGGUUGUUCAUUUCCCAGCCCUGGGUCAAGGGCCUGCCUUCGCCUCAGGGACUUUCUUCCUUUGGGUGAGGGGGUCCUUGGAUUUCCCAGAUGCUUCCUGCUCAGCUGGGCCACCCCCUCCCACCUUGGGGUUGGGGAGGAGCAGGGAGUGGAUGCCUGUAGUUUUCCUUUGUUUCUCCCAGAGCUGGUUUGCACACCCCUUGUGUGUGGGGCUAGACUGUGCCUUAGUCCUGAGUCCUAGCCCUUACCCCAGUCCUCUCCAGCUGGUAUGUCCUGACAUAACAGCAGAGUCUGGUGUGGCGCUGGUGAGGGUUCGCCAGCCCUCCACUCCCCAAGGUCAUAGAGGGGGCCAUGAGGCUGGAAUUGGCCAGUGACUGAAUCUUGGAGACACCGGCCAUUUCUAGCCUGCCCUAGCGGGAGGUGGUGAUGUUGGGAGUGGGAUCUCCUGAUGGAGCCCAGUGUGUGAGUCCCUGUGGGGCAGAACUGGUGAGGCCAGGGAUGGUAGGGAAAAGUGAUAACAGGCCUCUCUGCCCAACUGCUUCCAGUCCCUCUCUCCCUUACUGAUUUUUUGAUGCCCUGUCUUCUGGGCCACUAGGAGGGAUGAGAGAGUAGUAGCCCUCUUUUUCAGAGAGUUUGGGAUCUGCCUUAGAGCUCUCCCUGUCAAAAAGUAGUUGCAAACCUUGAGAGGGUGGAGGAGGGGGAGACUGAGGACCAGUAGCACCUUCAGGGUACCCGUGGCUGUGGCCAGUGUCCCUUAGCCAACCUGCUGGGCUCAUCAGUUCCCUGUCUGAUCUGCCUAUGCGCCUCCCAUUCUUCUCUACCCAGAACCUGUCACGGGCUGGGGUUCAGAUUUUCCUGGCUUUGGGAGCAGACAGACCAGAGCCACCAGCCAUUCAGAGAACUUCUGAUAGCUGCCUUCAUGCAAAACUGCUUUCUUCUUCCUUCUCAAUGGUGACAUUUGAAGAGGCGGAGCACCUUGGAGCUCCUCUUCUCAUCUUAAGAGAAAGCCAAGGCACGUAGAGUAGGGAGAGGAAGGGCACCAUCCUCUCUUUCCUCCCCUUGGUCUACUGCUGAUUUCUAGAUGGAUCAUGCAGCUUCUCUGGGCUCAGCUCUUUCCAUCUACCAAAUAAAUGGGUGUAAUAAUACUUACCUACCUCACAGGACUGUUGUGAGGCUUGGCGAGUUUUGUCUAAAAACUUCUUUUUGGCUUGGAAAGGGAUCUGGGAAGCCAGGUAUUAAUUGCAGGGAUAGUUCCAAGUCUGUCCUGUCUUCAUCUCCGUGUCCCAUCUCUACAACACACACACACACAC